GAAGGACUCAUGCCAGCAUGAGUGGACCACACCGAGUCCCUGAGAGGAAACCUCAUCAGUCCAGUUGCACUCUGACCCCGGCCCGUGACCUGGCUGACACCUCCAGACAGCACCACCAAACAAUCGGCCUGAACAUGUCCACCACCACCUCCUCCCUCAAGCAUUCCUCUAUCUACAGGUUCACUCAAACGGACCACUUGUCUUCCUCAUCGUCUUACAGCCCCCUUAGGAGGCUGCAACAUCUCACCACCAUGGUGAGCCAGCCAAACCUGGUCCUUCCUGUGAGGGAUCCCGAAAGGAGCUGGGACCGGGGGGCAAAAGGGAAGGGAAAGACGCCGGACAGGGACGCCUGGGUCGACUACAGGGAUUAUUCUGUCUCACAGAYUACAAACAGAGAGGAGAACUGUGCUAAUUCUCCUUUUGGACAGAAGCAACUCAAGMUCCAAAGUGGAAGCAGAAACCUGCCUCCUGCAAAUAGUAACGGUUCUGUUGUUUCAGAGAAAAAACCAGAAGGUUGUUUCUCAGGUCCGCCUAGCCCAGCCUUUUCUCUGGAUAGCAACAGCCCCUUUGCAAACGGCUUACUCCACUUUGAGUCGACUUUGUUCGAGGGCGAGGAAAAUGAUGAAGAGCCUGGAACCGUGUCACCCAUUGGAGAUAUGCUGGACCAUGACAAGAAAACUGAGCCUGUUCCUCAGUCUCCACCCAGAAACAUAAACUUGGACGCAAAGGAUGCGGCGCUGCCAUCAGCUAAGGUGGUCACACGCUCUCAGUCCUCAGGUCAACGCAGGAGAUACUGGGACGGCUCGGAGGACGAGUGGGACAGCGACACCGAGCUGUUCCUGUUUGAAGACUGUCCAUUUCUGCAUUCAGUGCAAAACAGCCCAAAGAGAAAAUCUUUGCCAGCUGUGAAAUUUGUUGAGGGUGAAGUUGUUUGGGCAAAGUUCAACCGAAGACCGUGGUGGCCCUGUGAAGUGACUGUUGACCCCUCUCAGGGCGUCUAUCACAGAGUGAAAGAGCCCAGUGAUCGGCCACGACGGCUCUAUUGUGUCCGUACUUUUGGGGAGCUCAAGGAGCUUGUCUGGGUGGAGGAAAAAUCAACCCACGCUUUCCACGGAGGCUUUGAAUUUGAACAACUCCUCCUUUUACGUCGUAGAGGGAAGCAAAGGGAACAGAACAAGAAAUACACUAUAGCCAAGCGUUUUCAGAACUCCUGGAAAUCCAGCGUGGCAGAAGCUGAAUCUGUUCUGCCUGGGAGACCCAAAAUGGCACCCUCCAUGUUUGCAUCCACAGAUAUUCCCUUCCGUUGUAGCCCUCCUCCAGAAUCAGAGAAUAGGCCUCAUCCGACACUUCCUCCUCUCAGCUCAUCAGUCUCCACCCUCUCUGAGAAGUUGCACAUAACUGACGAAUCCAUUUUAUCCCCAACUCCAACAAAACCAAGCACUUUAAAGAAAUCUUCUGGGAAGAAGAAGCAAAGCAAAUCCCUAAAAGGAACAGAUAGUAAAAACUCUAAAAAGACACCACGGCGUAGCCCUGAUCAAUCAAACAGAGACAAUGGGGAGUGCCCGUACUCUGACCUUGACUCGGUCCCUAAGAUUUUAUGCCCCAAAGCACUUGAACGUCAAGGUAAACUAGCUCCAUCUCAACCGUCUGUCUCAGUUGUUAAAGAGCUGAAAAAACAGCCAGAGAUUCAGAGCGGUCUUUGGUUUAGCAAAUCCGGCAAAGAGCGUCGACCGAAAACGACCAAUCCGGUGCCGGAUCGCUCUCUCUUCAGUAAGGUGCCCAAUAAAAAGAAGAAUGGAUCCACUUCAAGUAAAAAAACACUUGCUUCCUCUGCUUCCUCAUUGAGUGGAGCAUCCAGUGACCAAGCGUCACCAGAGAAGCCUAAACCAACACAUAACCACCUGCUUCUUGAACAAUCAGGACCUUUAAAGCAUAAAACCACUAAAAACAGCACAAAGUCUGAGGACAGUAGUGGCAGUUCUGUUGACCAGUCAGAAUUUUUAAACCAGAAGGCCGUGUUGUCUGUGGAGAGUUCAAAGGUCAAAAUGAUCGACAGUAAUUCAGCUGACACUGUUCCUGACCCUUCAUCUGGUCUGUCAAGUAGCUCAGAUGUUAUAAGGGACAGAGUGCCCUCAAAGAAAGAUCAAUUUUGUGAUCAAUCCAUUGAUUUAAAGAGUGAAAAAAAGGUCAGUCAAAUCAAACUUUCUGCUACCGUAGCUCAAAAACAGGUUAGUAAAACUGACAAGAACUUUGAUCAAGAAAAAGAAAGCAACAAGACUUCAGUGUCUUGUUUGGAAGCUAAAACUAACGACUCAGAGUCAAGACUAGAAAAUCAAUUAGGUCUAGCCUCCAGGUGUAGGCUUCCCUUUGUGAAAUUGAUACGUAAGGAGAUAAAAGAUAAAUAUCUAAACUCUACUGUCACAGUUAGUCCCACUAGCCAACUCAAAUGCACAAAGGAGAAAAUAUCAGAUGCUAACGGAAUCGAAACAUUUCAUCGUCAAUCAGACCAGAGAGACAAGCCAAGUUCUUCAACAGGAAAUUCAGGACCCAUGAAGGUCGCAGUCAAGAAAUUAAAAGCUAGCGGCGGGUCCGACGUGCUUCGACUCUCAGACUCCUUACACAGUGACGUGAUUGAUGCUUCCAACAAAUCUGCAGAUGACUUGGUUUUCCGAGACAGUGAGAAGAUAUCAGUUUCAACUGUAAACCCAAACAAUGUGACUCACUCAUUUUCCAAUCAGUCAGACCAGUCACAGCAGAAGAAGACUUCUGACCAAACAAACAAAUCCUCUGACCAGUUAGACAAGGUAGACCAAAGCAUUGCACUCGCUACAGACACUACCACAACUCCUGGGCCCUCUAAGCAUAAUGAAGCCCUGGUGUGUCGAGAGUCUGUAGUUCCCGAAAGCCCUUCUUCUAAGGAACCUGCAAGGGAUGUUCAUAAGUCAAAGCUGGUUUCUGAUGUAAACGAAGUGCUGAACGAGCAACCAGCACACCUCCCUGCCAGCAAUGGGCUGAUGACCAGAGCACUUAAGGCCAUGCAUGACGUCGACCAAAAGAAGCAUGAAAAARUCCAAAAGGAGGUUGAACAGAUAGAGUUCUCUAGCUCUUUGAAAAAUGUAGAGGAUCUUGAGUGGAAACCGCAUGUGAAGCAGGAUAAUUGCACUAAAAUCAAAUUAGUAAAAUCGCAGUACGUUGACAGUGGUGAAUGCGAUCAAGGCACAUCUUCGUGCUGUAGCUCCCCCUCUGUGAUGUUUUCUGAUUUAAACGACUUUGAACCUGACGUUAAGAGUGAAGACGAAGACCUCUCAAUAUCCUCAACUCCACCAAUGGACUUCAUACCUCUAACCUCUAAAGGAAAGACAAAACAUGAAGGUCAGUCUUCAAACAUACUGUCUAUGUUGUCGCCUCCGUCGCCAUUUUCCUUUAUGAAAGACUUUAAAAAUGUAAAGGAKGUUUCCUUUCAGUCCCUGAAAAACGAGAGUGAUGGUAAACCCAUCUCUUUCAAAACAGACAAAAAGUACAAGUUCAGCACUUUUCUUAUGAUGUUGAAGGACUUGCAUGACACUAGAGAGCGAGAAGGCACACCUCUAGAGCUAGAAAUUGGUCCACCAAGUGCUCAUGUUAAGUUGGAGCCUUUGGUGAUACCACAAGAAKCUCCAUUGGAAGGCCAUAGCCAAAAUAUGGAUUUUGUUCUUAGCAGUAAAGUUUCAAGUCCAAGCAAGAGCAUUGUCACACAAAGUCARUGCAGCUCACAUCAGAAACCCAAGAGGCCCUAUAACAGAAGGGGCUCCCAUUGGUUGAAAAGGAAAAACAAUCRAAGAGCACCUCAUUCCAUCAGGUCUGGACCUGGUUUUCUAGGAAUGGAUUCCUCAUCAAAGAAUGGAAUGGAAAGCUUAUCGAAAGGGGACCAAUCAUCCAGGAUUCUGGAGAUACAAAGCAGUAGCUGGGAGAGCCGGGCAGAAUGUGGAAAAGGAGAGGUGGCGAGAUGGAGAAGACUAAAGGUGAACCAACAGAUGAAGGAGAGGGACGCUAUGCAGGAAACCAGCCUUCUUGACGUUUACACCAUGAAUAACACAGGACUGAUGCUUAAUGUUGGAGAUAGAAGUCGGGCUCUGGAMGAACAUAAACGAAUAAGAAAACCCAGCAAAAGGCUGAUCGAAUGGACGGAGGAGUACAACCAGAUUUUCCCCACAAGGAAGAAAUCCAAAAAGCCUCUCCAGUUGAGUGGAAAGGCUGCUGAACACUUGAUCUGCACAUCUGAAGCAUCUGGAUCUGACCAGAACGAACACGACAACACGCCCUCCACUGGACUUCCUGAAAUACUGACCCCGCCUCCUGAGGAGGUUGCUCAGACGGCGMCGCCUCUUGAGCUGCAGAGUCCUAAAACUGAACUCCCAUCAACCCGAGAUCCACCGAUGCUUUCUGUGAACACGCUGACCCCCCCUCCUGAGGCCGAGCCCUCGCCAUCAGAAAGCCUUGUGAAAGAAAACAAAGGUGCUGCUGCGUUUGAGAAGAAGCGGAAAAGGAAGCCCACCCAGAAGAUCCUGGAGUACAGUCUGGAAGCUGAGGCAUCAACUGGACCCAAGAAGAAGAUCCUGCACCGUCGUCGUUUAAAUCCAAGAGCAAAGCCCUGAGCUCAGCCCCGGACAUCAGCACCUGCACACCUGUACCCUCCUGUCAAACUUCCCCUCCACCCACCACGUCAGCCACGGCCCCUCCUGAACCAGCAGAUUCUCCUCAGCCCGAUGAAGACCACCCUCAGGAGGACAUGAAAGAAGCUGAAGAGUCAGAGAUGGACCAGUCUGGGCUGGACCACAGGUUCUCUGUGAAGGACGACUUGUUGCUGUGUGAUGACUCUGCUCUACCUGUGAGGAAGAUCAUCGGGGACCGAGGGGGUCCAGCCUCCAUGAAGGAGAAUGUGUGCCAGGUGCACACCUGCUUCGUGUGUAAAAAGCGCGGCGAGGAUGUGCGACGCUGCAUGAUUCCGGUCUGCGGGAAGUUUUAUCACGGAGAGUGCAUCGCAAACUUCGCCCCGACGGCGCCGGUGAACCGAGGUUUCCGCUGCUCCAUCCACGUCUGCCUCACCUGCUUCAUCGCCAGUCCCAACAGCUCGUCCGUCUCUAAAGGUCGACUGGUGCGAUGCGUUCGCUGCCCCGUGGCGUAUCACGCCACAGACUUGUGCAUGGCGGCGGGCUGCGUGGUGCUUUCCAACAACAGCAUCAUCUGCCCCAACCAUUUCUCCCCCCGGCGCGGCGUCAAGAACCACGAGCACGUUAACGUUAGCUGGUGCUUCGUCUGCACUGAAGGAGGAAGCCUCCUCUGCUGCGAGUCGUGUCCGGCGGCGUUUCACCGCGAGUGUUUGAACAUGGAGAUGCCCAAAGGCAGCUGGUUCUGCAACGACUGCAAGGCUGGGAAGAAACCUCGCUACAAGGACAUCCUGUGGGUGAAGGUCGGGCGCUACAGGUGGUGGCCUGCGGAGGUCAGCCAUCCCAAAACCAUCCCAGAUAACAUCCAGCGGAUGAGACACGAUGUGGGCGAGUUCCCGGUCCACUUCUUCGGCUCCAACGACUACYUGUGGACCUACCAGGCCAGGGUCUUCCCCUACAUGGACGUGGACGCUAACAGCAAGGAGAAGAUGGGCAAAGGUGUGGACGCCACCUAYAAGAAAGCUUUGGAGGAGGCAGCUGUGAGAUUUCGUGAGCUGCAGGCAGAGAAGGAGCUACGGCAGCUUCAGGAGGACAAAAAGAACGACAGGAAGCCSCCGCCGUACAAACACAUCAAGGUGAAUCGGCCAAUAGGAAAAGUUCAGAUCUUCACUGCGGACCUGUCAGAGAUCCCACGCUGCAACUGCAAGGCGACAGACGACAGUCCAUGUGGGAUGGACUCGGAGUGCAUCAACCGCAUGUUGUUGUACGAAUGUCACCCUCAGGUUUGCCCAGCGGGCGAGCGGUGCCUCAACCAGACCUUCACCAAGCGUCAGUACAGCCAGGUGGAGAUCUUCAGGACUCUUUCUCGAGGCUGGGGGCUUCGCUGCGUCCACGACAUCAAGAAGGGCCACUUCGUGACCGAGUACGUCGGGGAGGUGAUCGACGAGGAGGAGUGCAGGUCUAGGAUCAAACACGCACAAGAGCACGACAUCUGUAACUUCUACAUGUUGACUCUGAACAAGGACCGAAUAAUCGAUGCCGGGCCAAAGGGCAACGAGGCUCGCUUCAUGAACCACAGCUGUCAGCCCAACUGUGAAACUCAGAAGUGGACAGUGAGCGGAGACACACGCGUGGGACUUUUCGCUCUUGUGGACAUCACUGCAGGCACAGAGCUCACCUUCAACUACAACCUGGAGUGUUUGGGAAACGGGAAGACGGUGUGUAAAUGUGGAGCACCAAACUGCAGUGGAUUUCUGGGCGUCAGACCAAAGAACAAUCCUCCAUCUGAGGACAAAGGUCGCAGGCUGAAGAGGAGAGGCCACGGCAGGAGGAGGAAGAAGGUGGUGUUGACCAAAGAGAGAGAGGACGAGUGUUUCAGCUGUGGGGACGGAGGACAGAUGGUUUCCUGUAAGAAACCUGGAUGCCCCAAAGUCUACCACGCAGACUGCCUGAACCUCACCAAGAGGCCUGCAGGUCGUUGGGAGUGUCCGUGGCACCAGUGCGACGUAUGUGGCAAGGAGGCAGCGUCCUUCUGUGAAAUGUGCCCCAGCUCCUACUGCCGCCAGCAUCGUGAAGGCCUGCUCUUCAUCUCCAAACUGGACGGCAAGCUGUGCUGCAGCGAGCACGACCCCUGUGGGCCGGAGCCUCUGGAGCCGGGGGAGAUCCGGGAGUACGCGCCGGAACCCAGAGCCCUCCCCCCAGGGCUGGGCAUGGCCGUCAUCCCCUCAGCUGCCUCCACCGGUGGUCUCACCCGGAGCAGCUGCAGCGUGGAGAAGAUGGGCGGCAGCGGUGAAACAUCCAAGUCUUUUUCUUCRUUUUCCAUCCCGGUGCCCCUCCCCGCUCCUCCCACCUCCCCUUCCCACAGCAGCUCCGACACUCCCAGCAGCCCCCACGUGUUCGACCUCCCGCACUACUCACCCAUUUCCUCGUACGAGGAGGAGCGGGACAUCCUGGAAGACGAAGAGGGGCUGCUGGCAGAGGAGGAGGAAGAGGAGGAGGAGGAAGAGUUAGUGGAAGAAAGUGACRUUAGGAGGCAGAGAUCAGACUCUCAGGAGGACGAGGAAGAGGAGGUGAGCCUGGAGUACCUGGAGCUCAAAGAUGAKGAGGAGGAGGAGGAUGAGUGAUGCACAGAAAGUUCUUCUCUACAAGUAGCAUUUAUUCACUGUCGUCCAGGAAUCAGAUACGGAGCCCGAGAGGGGACAUGGGUUUUUUUUCCUUUUGCGUUCCCUCGCAAUACCUUUGCGUUACCUCGCAAUAUUGUUUUGCGUUCCCUCACAA